GGAAUUCCGUUUUUGUGAUCGGGAUUCGCUGGCACCCGUUGUAGUUAAUGAAAUUGUGUUGCGAGUUAACUAAUUAUAAUAAAUAGGAACGGUUUCCGUUUCUUUCUUGUUAGAAUGUUGCUAUCAGUGUGCCAUCAAUAUCAUCUCUUCUAUAGGUUUGCUCUCUAUUAUACCUACCUUGAGUUUAACAACAAACUCCUUUACCCCCUGACAACAACAGUAUAAGUGUUAAACCAGCCAAAUAUUAUAUACACAUACACACCUAGGAUGGUGCAGCAAGACCCAGCAACGAUGAGCGUCGAAGAGACAGAGAAGGGGUCGCUCAACACGGUCCCCGACAAGGCGGCGUCGACCAACGCGCCGGAGUCAGAGCAGGAUGUGGAAGCCGGGCCCGAACACGGCGAGAGCACUGUCGAGGACGAGAAGGACCCGAACGUGGUGGACUGGGACGGGCCGAACGAUCAAGCAAACCCGAUGAACUGGUCCGAUAACCAGAAAUGGCUGAACAUCGUCAUUCUUUCUGUGAUGACUAUGGUUACGCCACUCGGCUCCUCCAUGUUCGCCCCAGGUAUCCCCGGCAUCAUGGUGGAAUUCAAGGAGUCGUCGACGACAGUCGCCACCUUUUUACUCUCAGUUUACAUCCUAGGCUUCGCCUUCGGCCCGCUCAUCGUGGCGCCGCUGAGCGAGAUCUACGGCCGAAGACCGCUGUACGUCAUCGGCAACAUCCUCUUCGUCGCCUUCUCCAUCGGCGCUGCUCUGAGCAACAGCAUCGGGAUGCUCAUGGCGUUCCGCUUGCUCAUGGGCCUCGCCGGGUCUGUGCCCAUCACCAUCGGAAGCGGCAGCAUCGCCGAUAUCAUGCCUGUGGAGAAGCGCGGGAGGGCUAUGUCGGCUUGGGCCCUGGGUCCUCUCCUAGGCCCGUGUAUUGGCCCGAUCGCCGGUGGCUACCUGAUCCAAGCCGCGGGGUGGCGAUGGGUGUAUUGGUUGAUUGUCAUUCUGGGUGGUCUCCUCAUCCCCUUCUCCUUCUUCCUACGCGAGACGCUCGGCGCCGCCAUUCUCGAGAAGAAGACUCGCAAACUCCGCAAGGAGACCGGCAACAAGGAGCUGCGCAGCAAGCUCGCGGACAGAAUCGAUCCGAAGGUCCACUUCAAGCAGACGAUCAUUCGGCCGAUGAAGCUGCUGCUGGUGACGCCCAUCGUCACGUCCAUGGCGCUAUACGUCGCCAUCACCUACGGCAUCUUCUACCUGCUCCUCACCACCUUCUCGUUCGUCUACACGGGCCAGUACGGGUUCGACGAGGGCACCAGCGGCCUGACGUUCCUCCCCGCCGGCAUCGGUAUGGUCAUCGGCGUGGUGGGCUUCGGCCAGCUCACGGACUGGAUGGUCAAGCGCAACCAGGCCAAGGGCAUCGUCCACAAGCCCGAGAUCCGCAUCCCGCCUAUCCUGACCAUCCCCAGCGGCAUCGCGCUCCCCGUCGGCCUGUUCAUCUACGGAUGGACCACACACUAUAGCAUUCACUGGAUCGUCCCCAUGUUCGGCGUCUUGAUCUUCGCCGCUGGUAUGAUGGGUGUCAUGUUCUGCAUCCAAAACUACCUUCUUGACACCUACCCUGAGUACGCAGCGUCCGUCACAGCCGCCAUGGCCGUGCUCCGAUCUCUGCUCGGCGCCAUCCUGCCCCUGGGCGGCCUCGACAUGUACAACGCGCUCGGCCUGGGCUGGGGCAACAGCCUGCUCGCCUUCAUCUCGCUGGGCCUCAUCCCGAUACCGCUUAUAUUCUUCAUCUACGGCGAGCGCAUACGCAAGCGGUUCAACCCCAAGCUAUAAAAUUAUUUUCUUUGCUUGUUUUUUUUUUCCCCCUU